AUGAGCAGUAACUCUUUUCGCGACUCCAUCGUGGUCGUGCUCGACACCAGUCGAUCCACAAUCAAGGCGGGACUUGGCCUCCAUGAUCUUCUCCGACCUCCUUCAAUUGAAAUACUCGCGCGAGUCGGCCUACCGAGGAAUGCAACAGUGAACAGUGAUAUUGCUAUGAAUGGAACUAGCGGGGACGCGCAUGAUGGUCCGUCAACAUCCAAAGCUACGAGUCCAGCAGUGGGCGCGAAGGUGACAGAUUAUCUGGUCGGCACGCAGCUAGACGAGGCAGUUAUUGCUGAGCAGGAUUUGGCGAUUUUCUGGCCCUUUGCCGAGGGUGAUAUCAGUGACUGGGUGCAGGCCGAGGCGCUCUGGAAGUACGUUCUCUUCAAUCUGCUUCACCUCCGCCGCAUGCAAAUGGAAUCCCCCGUCCUCCUCUCACUCCCAUGCGGCCUGUCGCGCGGGGCCCAUGAGCACAUAUGCCAGCUCUUCUUCGAGCGCUUCAACGUCGCCGCGUUCUCUCUACUCGAGCGACCCACCGCCCAAUUCUACGCCGCCAUCACAGCCACGAGCCAGCUUAGCGGUGUAGUAGUUGACAUUGAUCGCACGUGGACGGACGUGACACCUAUAUACGACGGCGUACCUGUGCAUGCUGCGCGAGUCAGCGUCGGUGCCGGACUGGAGGACUGCGUCAAGCACCUGGCGGCUCAUCUAGCCUCAAAUCAGAACAUAGUGGCCGCGCUUGCAGAACCUCCAGCUGUGGAAGAGCAGGGCGAGGGCCUGCAGCCCCUUCCGUUGGAUGAGAAGGGCCGCGAAGUGGCCCUGGAAGAGCUUGCGCGGCAGCUGUGGACAGACGGUCUGAUCAGAGUCAUGGCAGAGGGUGAAGCAGGCGCGGUGCGAGACAUGGAGGAGCUCAGCGCGGACAACGGGGACAUUAAUAUUGCGGCGAUUGUCGUGGCGGGGAAGGAGAAAGCUGUGAUUGAGAGCGGCAUGCGGAAAAAAGCGGCAAGGGCGAGCGCGGUGGAGCAGGCACGGGCAAAGGAGAUCGAGGCGAGGGAUCUUGUGGAGGUGUCCUGGCGUGGGAGAACGAUCACAAUUGGGAGAGAGAGGCAUAGGUUUUGCGAGCCGCUUUUUGACGUGAGCGUCAGGAUGAAGGGGAAGGAGCGGGAGAGGGUCCCGAUACUGCCUUUGCACACAGCGGUAGGAGAGGCAGUGAACAGAACAGAGGUGGACCAGCGUGCAUAUAUCUGGCAAGGCCUCUUUGUUACGGGAGACAUUGCGAACCAUGUGAAAGGAAUGGGAGUGGCAUUGCAGGCACGUCUUUCAUCAUUCAUUACCAACAGCUCAGAUCCACAACACAACGAGGUGCAACCUCGCGCUAUCCGCACGCUCAAGAUUCCGGAUUAUUUUGCGGAAUACCGGGAAAGGGGAGACGGAAUGGCGUCUUUUUUAGGCUCGAGCAUUGUUGCAAAAAUUACAUUCAGCGAUUCGGCAGGCAAAAAUUUCGUGUCAAAGUCAGACUACACGAACCAGGGUCCAAGAGCGGUGCUGGGAAUGUCGCCGUCUAUGCUAUGA